CCGCUCAGCUGUUCUCUGCUGCAGGACCUUACCUGUUCCUUGGUCCAGCGCUGUACAUCUCUGGUCAUCUCCUGUACUGUCUGCAGUCUCUGGUCAUCCCCUGCACUGUCUUGCAGUCUCUGGUCAUCUCCUGUACCGUCUGCAGUCUCUGGUCAUCCCCUGUACUGUCUUGCAGUCUCUGGUCAUCCCCUGCACUGUCUUGCAGUCUCUGGUCAUCUCCUGUACUGUCUGCAGUCUCUUGAUCAUCCCCUGUACUGUCCGCAGUCUCUUGAUCAUCCCCUGUACUGUCUGCAGUCUCUGGUCAUCCCCUGUACUGUCUGCAGUCUCUUGAUCAUCCCCUGUACUGUCUGCAGUCUCUUGAUCAUCUGUAUGCCCUGUAUCCCCUGUACUGCAGUCUCUGGUCAUCCCCUGUACUGUAUGCAGUCUCUGGUCAUCUCCUGUACUAUGUCCGCAGUCUCUGGUCAUCUCCUGUACUGUGUCCGCAGUCUCUGGUCACCCCUG